AUGCUACUCAAGGGGCAACAAUGCGUCCUUAUGGCAAUGCAUGCAUGGCACCGCACAACGCGGCUCCCCACCCCUAGACCUUCUUCUUUCACGGACGGCUGUGCCCCUUUCAUCCCGUCACCUCAACUCUUUGCUCUCACCUCACCUAUUCCUCCCCCCCAACAGCACGGCCCUCUGCUGCUCUGGCGGGCGCCCUGCACCACCUUCCUCGCACACCACGGCAUCCACGUGGACCAAUCAGAGCUCGCCACGUGUCCCCUGCGCCUGUCUGCCCCUCUGGGCGACCGCGUGUCCAUUGUUCUCCCCAACAACCAGGAGCAUCGCUUCCAAGUCAAGCUAGCAGUCGCAGCUUACCUGCCUGCCAGGUGUCUCACUGCCAUUCGUGCAAGCCCCUUCCCCCGCCGCCUCUCCCACGACCUGCGCUGCACCCUGCUCGCCGCGCGCCUGUGGCGGCUGCAGCACAAGGGGGAGGAGAAGGCAGACGGGAGUGUGGAGAGAAGUGGUGCGGCUGGUGGCAGGCAGCGGGUGGAGCUUGUGAAGCUGUGUGCGCUGGUGGGCGCAGCUGGUGGCGCUGCUAAUGGUGCAGAGGGAGGGGAGGGGGAGGAGUGGCACACACUGCUGUGUGUGGUGGAGGAGUGGAUUGAAGCGGCGCUCGUGGGGGAUGGUGCUCGCAGUGGCACUGGCAGGCAGGGCGCAGAGGGAGAGGUUGAGCAAGGGGGGGAGGCAAUGGAGGUGGAUGGUGAGGGUGACAGGGGCAGUGCAGGCAGGGGGGCACAGGGAGGCGCGGACAAGGGGGUAAGGCAGAGCAAGGUAGAGUUGGGGGAGGGGAGGGAAGAAACAGCAGGUGGGGAGGGGGGAGACGAGGUGCAGCAGUCAGCAUGGGAGCAGGUGCUAGAAAGCCAGCACCACCGCCACCUGCUGCUCGCCGGUGCCCCCCCCUGGAUGCCCUUCCCCCUCCCCUCGCCCCCAACCACCGCGCAUGCUGCGCCUCCUCGCCCUGCUGCUGCUAGCUCUGCUGCAGAGGGCAGUGCGCGGGGAGGUGAGAGAGGGGGGAACGGGGAGGGCGUGCAGGUGGGGGGAGAGUGGGGCGAGGGCGGGGAGGGUGUGGGGGUGGGCGAGUUGGUGGAGUUGCUGCGGGCGCUGCACGGCGUGUAUGAGGAGAGCCGCCUUGAUGCCCUGUGCCGCAGCUCGCUGCCCCGUCUGGCAGCGCUGGUGUGGGUGCUGGCAGCAGUGCUGGGCGCGCAUGACUUGUGCGACCACUACCAGCGCCACCACCCCUCCCUCUCCCUCCUCGCACGCUCCUUCCCCCCCAUUCUGUCAGAGCGCGCACUGCCCCCCCACCCCACACUGCCAUCCGUCGUGCCAUGUGUCUUCACCUGGUUGGCUCGCACCGUGCAGUACGGUCCAAAGCAUGCUGCCCCUUGGCUGGCGUGGAUGCCGCCCUCCUUGCUGUCUGCUGCCGCCCAGCCCAUGCUGGACAGCGCAGGGCAGGUGGCAGAGAAAGUGGGGGAAGAGGAGUUGGGCAAUGGGGAGGGGAGAGGCAGAGAGGCGAGUGUACAGCAGGGAGCAAGGGAGGGCGAGUGGUGGGAGGAGUGGGAGGGCGAGUGGUGGGAGGAGUGGGAGGGCGAGGGGUGGGAGGAGUGGGAGGGCGAGGGGGAAGGCGGGCCUGGGCUGCUGCCCCUGGUGGUGCUGCUCUUCUCGCUGCUCUUCCCCCGCGGUGCGUGGACCCACCCUGCUGCCCGCCCGCCCUCCAAGGCCAGGCACAAGCCGGCGGUGAGGGAGGAGGCGUCAGGUGGAGGGAAGGCAGGCACUAACAAGGGAGGGAAAGGGGGAGCAGCAGGGGGUGAGAGUGAGGGCGAGAGAGUGGUGACUGCAGCUGGGGGCGAUGGUGUAGCGGGGUUGAGUGAGCGGUGUGUGGCAGCCAUGGUGGCGGCACACAUGGGGAGGUCCGACCUCCAGAGGCUGCCCCCUGCCGUCGCCCUGCCCCUUCUGCAGGCACUGCACGUGUGCAGGGAAAACCCUCCCCCAGGCUGGCCAGCAGCGGCAUACGUGUUGGUGGGGAGAGACGACCUGGCUGCCACCGCCACCGCCUGCCUGCACUGCUUCUCCCUCCACCACUCGCCGCUGCCUCGCUGCCCCUCCCCUCACUCGCAUCUCAGCAGCGCUAAGGAAGCCACCAUCACCGCAAGCGCGCCACCGCGCACCACUGCACCGCCCCUUUCCCCACACUCCCUUUCGCCUCUCGCCUUCUCCUUCCCUCCCACUGUGCUCGUGCGCCCACUCUCCCCCUUCCCCUCGUCCCCCCACUCCGCCCUGCACCCCUCUCUCGCCCUCCCUGGAUCCCACGCCUCUCAAGGCCUUGCCUCCGCCUCAGGGAUGGGCGUGGGGGGCAUGGGGGCGGGGGCGGGCAGCGGAGUGGGGGUGGGGGGGGCAUCGGACGCGACUGGGGUGGGAGGGGGAGGGGCGGGAGUGGAGGGCGCAGGGGGAGAGGGCAUGGUGGCGGACGGCAUGGAGCAUCUGCUGCUGCCGCCCACCCGCUCCCUGCUCGCCCUGCGCUUCCCCUGUGACCUUCGUCUUGCUGAGGUGCGUCGCCUGCUGUGCUCUGCGCGCCCAGUGCCCCUGCCGGCCGCCGCUGCUUCUGAUUCCACCGACCCCGACGCCCUCGCCGCCCACCAGGUGCCCCUCACCGCCCACCAGGUGCCCUUUGCCGCCCACCAGGUGCCCCUCGUAGUGAAGCUAGUGAGGUCCACUCGUCCCCCUUUCCUCCUUGCCUUGGCAUCAGCAGCGUGGAAAGUGUCAUGCUCGAUAUCACCACCCCUUUCCUUUCUGCCCAUGCCCAUUCAUGCCCUGUCGGUCCCCAAGCUGGUGCUGGCGGGGCGCUUGACGGCGCAGAACGACGCCACGCUUAGCACCGUCCUCCUCGACCCCUCUCCCCGCCCGCCAUUGUGCCUCACUCGCUCUCUCCUCCAGGUGGGGCUGGACGGCACGCUGGGCAACCUAUCAGAGCUCGCCACCUGCCAUGCCCCCGUCCCCUCAACGCUCGCCCUCAACUCGCACAGCCCGCUGACACCUCACAUCCCUUUUUCACAUUCCAUCCCUCCGCAACUUAUCCUCGUUACAAGCAUUCAUCCCCACCCGUGCCUCUCUCGCUUACCCCCUCCCUCACAGCCAGACGCGGUGACGCGGCCGGGCACAGUCACACGGGCAUGGGUGGUGUACAACCGGCCAGGGGAGGCCUCGAGUGCACACGGGGGGUUGCUCAUGGCGCUGGGGCUGCGCGGCCACCUGCGUGUGCUCGCCCCCACCGACUUCUUCCGCGACCUUGCCCUCGUGGGUUUCGCUGCCUCCCCCCCUGCUCUGAUGGAGCACGAGGCGACGACGGUGGGCGUGCUGCUGGGCGCUGCUGCGUCGUACCGCGCUACCAUGGACGCCAAUAUCUGCAAGGUGAGUGACAGGUGCUGUCAUGCCGUGUGCAAGGUGAGUGACAGGUGCUGUCAUGCCGUGUGCAAGGUGAGUGACAGGUGCUGUCAUGCCGUGUGCAAGGUGAGGGGUGCUGUCAUGCCGUGUGCAAGGUGCUUCAUCUCUUUCCAAUAG